AUGCUGGAAAAAUUGGAGGAGAAAUUCGACCCGGAGAUGGUCGUGGAGCAAUUCGAGCUUCUAUCCAUGGAUGCAGAGAGAAUACAGAAAGAGACACUCAAACAAAUACUCGAAGAAAAUGGCGAAACCGAGUAUAUUCUCAAAUGGGGCCUUUCCGGAAAAUCCGACCCUAAUAGCUACAAGGCUCGUGUCCCCAUCGUCACUCACAAGGACUUGGAGCCUUAUAUUCAACGAGUCGCCGAUGGCGAAAAACGGCCCAUUCUCACCGGAAAACCCAUUUCUGCUAUUUCUCUUAGCUCGGGCACCACUCAAGGCAAGCCAAAGUUUGUACCUUUCAACGACGCUUUAACUGACAGUACCAUGCAAAUGUACAAGACCUCUUUUGCGUUCAGGAACAGGGAAUUCCCGAUCGAGAACGGGAAGGCCUUGCAGUUUAUCUACGGCAGCAAAGAGUUCAAAACGAAGGGCGGCCUGCCGGCCGGGACGGCCACAACCAACGUGUACCGCCACCCGAAGUUUAAAAACACGAUGGAGGCAAUGCAAACGCCGUGCUGCAGCCCGGACGAGGUCAUAUUCGGUGACAACUACCACCACUCCCUAUAUUGCCACCUCCUUUGCGGCCUAAUCUCCCGACACCAAAUCCAAGUCGUCUCGUCCACAUUCGCCCACAGCAUCGUCCAAGCUUUCCGCGCGUUCGAGCUCGUCUGGAAGGACCUCGUCCGCGACAUUCGGGAAGGGUCUUUGACCGGUCAAAUAGUAUCGAAACCUGUCCGGUCGGCCAUGGGUAGGAUUUUGACGAGGCCUGACCCUGACCUAGCCGACUCGAUACAGGACGAGUGCUUGAGGCUUAGCAAUUGGUACGGUUUGAUUCCGGCUUUGUUCCCCAACGCCAAGUACGUGUACGGGAUCAUGACGGGCUCGAUGGAGCAUUAUUGUGAAAAGUUGAGGCAUUAUGCGGGCGAUUUGCCUCUGGUGAGUGCGGAUUACGGGUCGUCCGAGGGGUGGGUCGGGGUAAACGUCGACCCGCUUGCCCCGCCGGAGGAGGUCACCUUCGCCGUGCUUCCGAAUGUGGCUUUUUUCGAGUUUAUCCGUUUGAGCGGCGGCGGGGUGGAGGUGGCGGCCGCGGAGCCCGUUGGGCUCACGGAGGUCGAGGUCGGGGAGGAGUAUGAGGUGGUGGUCACUAAUUUUGCAGGAUUAUACCGGUACCGGCUAGGGGACGUGGUCAAGGUCAAAGGGUUCCACAACGCGACCCCUUUGCUCGGGUACGUGUGCCGCAAGAACCUCAUCCUCAACAUCAACGUCGACAAGAACACCGAGAAGGACCUCCAGCUGUCGGUCGAGCAGGCCGCGGUAGUCCUUGCGGAGGACAAAUCGGAGGUGGUCGACUACACGAGUAGCGUGGACGAGUCGGUCGAGCCAGCCCGCUACGUCGUCUUCUGGGAGGUCAGCGGCCAGCCUAGUGAAGACGUUCUCAAGGAGUGUUGUAACCGUCUGGACGGGUCGUUUUCGGACGCGGGCUACGUGAGCUCGCGCAAGACGGGCACCAUAGGGCCCCUCGAGUUGAGGGUGGUGGGGAGGGGCACGUUUCACGAGGUGAUGGAUCACUACGUGGGGAUGGGGGCGGCCGUGAGCCAGUUCAAGACUCCGAGAGUCCCUCGAGAUCUCGAGCAUUCGGCCAGCAUUUCGCCAGGCGGACCAAACUUCGCCCGCGACAUGGAGCACUCGCCCGGCAUUCCGCUGGGCGCACGGACCUUCACGCGCGCCGAGAGCCUGCGCGGCCGCAGCUCACACUCGUCGUGCGGUCUUCUUUCGCCCGAGGCCAAGCGACGCUCGUUCGGCUUUGACCGGGCGGCCUCGAUUCGCCUGCUAGAAUGA